GCUCACAACCCAUUCGACUAUUCCCAACGAAACUCAAAAGUGAAAACCUUCAAAGGCCAAAACCCCUCAAAGGCCAAAACCCUAAUUCAGUAAUCCCUUCCCCAUCUCUACCACCGUCCACUGAUUGGCCUUCCAAUUUUCUUGGCCUCUUUUGUAAUUGGAUUGCGGAACAAUAUUGAUUAGGAAUCUUAAUGGCGACUGUCCCAGUAAACCCAAAACCUUUCUUGAACAAUUUGACCGGAAAGCCCGUCAUUGUGAAGCUGAAAUGGGGAAUGGAGUACAAAGGUUAUCUUGUGUCAGUUGAUAGCUACAUGAACCUACAGUUGGCCAACACGGAAGAGUAUAUUGAAGGCCAGAAGACUGGAGAUCUUGGGGAGAUUCUCAUCAGGUGCAACAAUGUCUUGCACCUUCGUGGAGUUCCUGAGGACGAGGAGAUAGAGGAUGCUGACAAUGACUGAAGAAUUCUGACAUUAUUGCUUGCAAUGUCGCUGAUAGUCUGUAAUGCGAGAACGCGUUGCAGAUCAAGUAGUAAUACAAAGCUCAUUUGAGUUAGUUCCUAGACUCGGCCACCGACUUCUUGGAGGACAUUAUACAUUCGUUUGUAAGAGAUUCAGCUUAACGAAUUAUAUUUCUUAUUGUGAUGGUUUUGGAAUCCUACUUCUUGGAUUUAUGUUAUCAGUAGAGUUGAAGAA